AACUGUGAACAUCGGUGAAUAAAAAAGAAAAAAAAAAACCCAAAAAGAAAUCGAAUAAAACUAUAACAAAUAAAAUUUGUCAAUGUCAAUGUAACUCUAGUGAAAUGCCUUAUAAAAGGAGUUCUCGUAGUGGCACAAAGACAGAUGAUGAUUAUGAUGACGACAAAAGAAAUACCCGUUUAAGUUUGAGACGUAGCUGUUCACCAAAAAACGUUGGUAAUUAUAAAGAAAAUUCGAUUGGGGGACGUACCAGGGCUACCAGCACCAGGCCAGCUUCACCUGCAAUGUCUUUGAGACGUUCAACAUUAAUUCGUACGGCAAGAAACUCAGAUAAUAAUAAAGACAAUUCGGUUAGGGGACGUACCAGGGCUUCCGGUACUCCGGAGCCCUCGUAUAAUUAUGCCAGGCCACCUUCACCUGCACAUUCCACCUCAUCGAGGCGUUCAAGCUCUAGACGUUCCGGAUCAGCAAGAAACUUGGAUAAUAAAGAAAAUUCAGUUAGGGGACGUACCGGUACCCCAGAACCCACGGAGAAUUAUGCCAGGCCAGUUUCACCUGCAGAGUCCACCUCAUCGAGGCGUUCAAGCUCUAGACGUUCCGGAUUAGCAAGAAACUUGGAUAAUAAAGAAAAUUCAGUUAGGGGACGUACCGGUACCCCAGAACCCACGGAGAAUUAUGCCAGGCCAGUUUCACCUGCAGAGUCCACCUCAUCGAGGCGUUCAAGCUCUAGACGUUCCGGAUUAGCAAGAAACUUGGAUAGUAAAAAAAAUUCAGUUAGGGGACGUACCGGUACCCCAGAACCCACGGAGAAUUAUGCCAGGCCAGUUUCACCUGCAGAGUCCACCUCAUCGAGGCGUUCAAGCUCUAGACGUUCCGGAUUAGCAAGAAACUUGGAUAGUAAAAAAAAUUCAGUUAGGGGACGUACCGGUACCCCAGAACCCACGGAGAAUUAUGCCAGGCCAGUUUCACCUGCAGAGUCCACCUCAUCGAGGCGUUCAAGCUCUAGACGUUCCGGAUUAGCAAGAAACUUGGAUAAUAAAAAAAAUUCAGUUAGGGGACGUAAUUAUGCCAUGCCAUCUUCACCUAAAAAGUCCACCUCACCAAGGCAUUCAAGCUCGAGAGUCUCCGGUUCAGCAAGAAACUUGGAUAAAAUUGAAGAAAAUUCGGUAAGGGGACGUACCGUCACCCCAGAACCCACGGAGAAUUAUGCCAGGCCAUCUUCACCUGCAAAGUCCACCUCACCGAGGCAUUCAAGCUCAAGACUCUCCGGUUCAGCAAGAAACUUGGAUAAUAAUGCAGAAAAUUCGGCAAGGAGACGUUCCGUCACCCCAGAACCCACGGAGAAUUAUGCCAGGCCAUCUUCACCUGCAAAGUCCACCUCACCGAGGCAUUCAAGCUCAAGACUCUCCGGUUCAGCAAGAAACUUGGAUAAUAAUGCAGAAAAUUCGGCAAGGAGACGUUCCGUCACCCCAGAACCCACGGAGAAUUAUGCCAGGCCAUCUUCACCUGCAAAGUCCACCUCACGGAGACAUUCAAGUUAUAAUGAAAAAAAUUCGGUUAGGAGACGUUCCGUCACCCCAGAACCCACGGAGAAUUAUGCUAAUCCAGUUUCACCUGCAGAGUCCACCUCAUCGAGGCGUUCAAGCUUGAGACUUUCCGGAUCAGCAAGAACCUUGUAUAAUAAUAAACAAAAUUCAGGUGGGAGUCGUACCGGUGCCCCAGAACCCACGAAGAAUUAUGCCAAGCCACCUUCACCUGCAAAGUCCACCUCAUCGGGGCGUUCAAGCUCUAGACGUUCCGGAUCAGAAAGAAACUUGGAUAAUAACGCAGAAAAUUCAGUUAGGGGACGUACCGGUACCCCAGAACCCACCGAGAACUAUGCCAGGCCCUCUUCACCUGCAAGGGUGACGAUGCCUUCAAGUUAUGAUAAAGAAAAUUCGGUUAGGGGACGUCUCACGGACACUGGUACCCCAGAACCCUCGGAUUCAAACAAAUCAAAUAACUUUGCAAAAUCAGAAGGGGUUAAGAGCACCAAGAAAGGUGGAAGGGCGACUAAAUCGCAUUUAAGAGCUAAAACCCAUGAAGUAAUCAUCUCCCCAAAGAGAGCUAAGCCCAACGACGAGAAAUUGGAAGAUCAGACGGUUGACAAAAGUGCGCCCUCUAUAGUGGUUACACAGCAGAUAGCAGGAUCGAGUAAUAAUCCCCAAACAAAUUUUACAGCGGAGGAAAAAAAUAUGCCCUCCAUUGAAAUGGAAAGUGUGAGUCCAAAGAGAAUCGACAACAUGGUAGGAGACUGUCAGGACUUGGAAAAUACGCUAAUAUCGGUCAAAAAGUCAAGUCAAGAUGGAGACGGCACAGCCUUGAAUUAUCAUCCAGUGGAGCACAAUAACUUGGGCUUCAAUUCUCAUAUCAAAUCCCAACUCUUUUCUGUGAGUAAUUACACCGAAGCAACUAUGAAUCAUCAACCAGUGGAGCAUGAUAGCCUUGGCCUUAAUUCUAAUAGCAAAUCAGCGCCCCUUUCUAUAAGCAAUUGCACCGAUGCAGAUAUGAGUGAAAUGGUGGGUAAGCCUGAAACUAGAUUUAUAAGACAGGGAGAACUUAAUCCAUAUGAAACACCUAUUACCGAUGAUGCUAAAUAUGAACCUUCGGUUUCAUCCGAAAACAAUAUUAUUACUAAAGGUCAAGACACUACUCUGCAAAUGAAUCCAGAAUUUAACCAAAGUAAUGAUUGCAUCCUUCUAGAAUUGCUGCCUGAAAUGAUCUUUGAUGAUAUAACUACAAACGAGAUCGUAAAUAAUGAAUCCAAUCAAAAUGAAAACCAGUUAUUUGAUAACGGAAAUUAUGACGAUGAGCAAAACCAAAAAUUAACACAAAUUCAGGAUGAGCUGGACUUCAUUUACGGAGGUCAUGAACUGCAAUCUAACCAAGAAGAGUCGCCACCAGAGAAGAAAAAUCUUGAGAAGAGUCCUGCGCCAGCUGAUACCAAAGAAAUUGAAGAUGAUGUGGAUGCACGUCUUCAGGCAGAACUGGACUCCCUACCCAUGGUGGAGAUUGAGCCUGAAGUGGAACCCCCAAAAACUGAGGCUGCUGUUAAGGAACCACAGAAGACAGCUUAUCCAACACAGAAUCUGCAAUUUAAACCUCCACUCCCUGUAGCACCCGUUAACCAAAUGAUAUACUUUAAGCCAACGCAAACUGCAAGUCCUGCCGUCUUUUCGAUGGCCAAUCCGGUGGCUACCACAUCGCAUCGCGCCUUGGCCCAAGUUCCGAUAGUCACGCGAUUGAAGGGCGCCCAGGGAGAGGAUAUAUCCGUUAAGUAUACCAGAGGACCCGAUGGUCUAAUCACAAAUGUGCAAAUGGAUCCGCCCUCGAUGGGUUUGGGUCAGUCGCGAGGAAUGGGAAAGAGCUUUACAGCAUUUGAACUCCACCAGAUAUUGCAGAGUGGGCAGCCAUAUUUGGCGCUGCCCAUGACGAGUAAUGGAUGCCCGGGAGCUAUGCUCAAGGAACCACUGAUGACCAGGGAUGUUCCAGCAGCGUUCCCACCCGAACAGGCUGUGGAAGAUGAGGAGGUGGACUACGAAGAGAUCGGAGUGGCCGAUACCUUUGCUGCCUACUGGCCCAGCAAGCUGAAGGUUGGCCGUGCCCAUCCUGAUCCUGUGGUGGAAACGGCUACUUUGUCUUCAGUGGAGCUACCUGAUAUAACUUACCAACUGGGGUUGCCCUCGAAGACCACCGAGUGCCUGAGUGCCCUGCAACUGGAGGCGGUGGUCUAUGCCUGCCAGGCCCACGAGCAAAUCCUGCCCAGCGGCGAGCGGGCGGGCUUCCUCCUGGGCGAUGGAGCCGGAGUGGGCAAGGGUCGCACCAUUGCGGGCAUCAUCUAUGACAACUACUUAAAGGGCAGGCGACGAGCCCUCUGGAUUUCCGUGUCCAAUGACCUAAAAUUCGAUGCUGAAAGGGAUCUCUCGGAUAUAGGAGCCCACGAGCAGGUUCGAGUGGUGCCCAUUAGCAAGUUCAAGUACAGUCGUAUUGACUCGGAGGAAAACGAGAACUUCCGCAGGGGAGUGAUAUUCUGUACCUAUACAGCACUCAUUGGAGAAUCCCUGACUGCCAACUCAAAGUACAAGACUCGACUACGUCAAUUGGUCAACUGGCUGGGCAAGAAGUUCGAUGGAGUGAUUGUAUUCGAUGAGUGCCACAAGGCCAAGAAUCUUAGUUUGAUGAACGUGGGUAAGUCAACCAAGACAGGAACCACAGUUUUGGAUCUGCAGAAGCUGCUACCAAAGGCCCGAGUGGUCUAUGCCUCGGCCACGGGAGCCAGUGAGCCCAGGAACAUGGCCUAUAUGGUGAGAUUGGGUCUCUGGGGUCCUGGUACAGCCUACCCUGAGUUCUAUGAGUUUGUGAAUGCGGUGGAGAAGCGGGGCAUUGGAGCCAUGGAAAUCGUGGCCAUGGAUAUGAAGCUAAGGGGCACCUACAUAGCUCGUCAGCUGAGCUUCAAGGAUGUCAGCUUUCGCAUCGAGGAGGUGCCCAUGCCCAAGUAUUUCCGCAAAAGCUACAACUUGGCAGCGGAACUCUGGGCCGAGAUCAACAAGAAGUUCCAGAGGGCCUGCCGCCUGAUGUGCAUUGAGAACCGGGUCCAGAAGAUAAUCACCUGCCAAUUCUGGUGCGCCCAUCAGCGUUUUUUCAAGAACCUGUGCAUCGCCUCCAAGGUGGAUCAUGUGGUCAAGAUGACGCGACAGGCAACGCGAAUGGGCAAGGCGGUGGUUAUCGGGCUCCAAUCCACUGGGGAGUCACGCACCCUGGAGCAUUUGGAGCGUCAUCAAGGCAAGCUCAGCACCUUUGUGUCCACCUCCAAGAUGAUUAUCCAAUCGUUUGUGGAGAAGCAUUUCCCGGCUCCCAAGCGCGACUCUUUUCAUCAUCUUCUGAACACGGGAAAUUUCGAACCGGAGUCCAGAUCCCGACCACCAAGAGCCAAGAAGGCCAAGAUGAAUCCCGAUUGGUUCGACGAUGAUAUGGAUGCCGAAGCUGGUGAAAGUGAUAUCGAGAUGUACGAAUGCAGCUGGACGGCAGAGGACGAGCGUACCAAAACGGGACGAAAGCGACGAGGACGUCCACCCAAGACGGAUAAGGUGGAGAAGAUCACCAUGCAGGAGCGCAUUCUGCAGCACCUUUGCAAUAACAUGAGGGCCCAGGAUAACGAUGGCGACCCCACCUACACUUUCGAUACUAGCAAACCCCAGAAGGCGAACAUCACCGAAAGAGAUGUGGAACGUUGUAUCAACGCACGGGAAAUGCUACUGGAGAAAAUCGAGUUUCUAGGCAAGAAGUUGCCACCCAAUACCCUGGACAAACUAAUCUCGGAACUUGGAGGCACCAAUCUGGUGGCCGAGAUGACAGGUCGUCGUGGAAGAGUAGUGCGAACGGAGUACGAUGGCUAUAAGUAUGAGCCGCGUUGCGAAAACGACUCUUCGAUGGAUUUGGUGAACUAUCGGGAGAAGCAGCGCUUUAUGGAGGGCAGUAAGCACGUGGCCAUCAUCUCGGAGGCGGCCUCCAGUGGAAUUUCCCUGCAGAGUGACAAGAGGGUCUCCAACCAGAGGCGUCGUCUGCACAUCACUCUGGAACUCCCUUGGAGUGCGGACAGAGCCAUCCAGCAAUUCGGACGCACUCAUCGUUCCAAUCAGGUCAAUUCACCGGAAUAUGUAUUCGUGAUCACGGAUCUGGCUGGUGAGCGGCGUUUCGCCUCCACGGUGGCCAAAAGGCUGGAGAGUCUGGGGGCCCUGACACAAGGAGAUCGUCGUGCCACCGAUGCCCGGGAUCUAUCCCAGUUCAACAUCGACAACAGCAUCGGUCGCAGUGCCCUGGAGAGUGUGAUGCAACAGCUGACCAGGGAAAAGCCAAUGGAUCCAUCUGAAAUACCCCAAUCCUACAAGGGGGACUUCCUAUACGAUUGCAGUGUGUCCAUGGCCGGCGUGGGAAUGCUCAAUGUUCGCGAGGAGAACAAAGUGAAGGUGUUCAGCGUGGAGAAGGAUAGUAAUAACAUAUCCAAGUUCCUCAAUCGCAUCCUAGGCUGUCGCGUGGAAAUCCAAAAUGCCCUCUUCAAAUUCUUUCUGGACAAGAUGUACUCACUAAUCAUGCAAAUGAAGCGCACAGGACGCUUCGAUCUGGGCAUCCUCGAUUUGGAUGCCCAUGGGGCCAGUGUAAAAUCUAUCAAGCGAGUAAGAUUUAUAAGGAAGCAUGCCACCGGAACUGCGGCAACUGAACUACAUACGGUGACUGUGGAACGGGGCAUGUCCUUUGAAACAGCCCUCGCCAAAUACCGAAAGGAGGGCCAACACGAACACGAUGGCUUCUAUGUUCUUCAGCAGCUGCGCCACAACAAGAACUCCUCAAUUUUGUGCCUGCAGGCGCAGUCCAAUUCGUCGGAUGCAACAUCCGGAAAGAUAAAUCUACAAAUCUAUCGACCCAAUACAGGUCCCCAAGUCCGUUUGGAGACGCUCAGCUCGAUUUCAUCGCGAUAUGUCAAGGUAGACCCGGAAAAAGCCCAAGAGUUCUGGCUGCAGCAGUACGAUUUUUGCUUGAACAAGUGCUCCCAUGUCUACUGGAGUCGGAUCUGCCCGUAUCCGGCGAGCUGCGAAGUGGGGCUCCGGGUGCGCACCUACCACGUGCUUUCCGGUCUAAUGCUGCCCAUUUGGGACCGGAUCGAGCUGAUAAUCGAAAAGAACAACCAAAAGAUACAGAUCAUACGCGUGAAGACCGAUGUGAACACGAAGAUUGUGGGCACAGUGGUGCCGCAUGCCGUCUACGAUACCCUAGUGGCCGAUUUGUCCUCGGACUCCACCGUGGAGACGAAGAACCAUUAAAAAUGACACCGCCCCCUAUAAUAUAUACGAUAUAACGCACAAUCGCCGCAGCAGCAGCAGCGGAGAGCGCUUCUAUUGCCACUUUAAAAAUAUCAACUCAAAUUGUGGCAUUCAAUGCGAUACAUGUGGCGUAAGCUUUCGCUUUUUCCAAAUGCCAGGCACGCUCCACCAGCUCCACCACCGGGGAGGAGAUCCCCCCAUCCAGGAGGAGCAGCCCGCCGAGGUUCCCGGCCAUAAACAAUGGCCACAAAAGCACAUACGGCAAGACACUUACAGCUCGUCUGCGUGCGUAUGUGAUUCAUACGUAUUGUCUGCAGUGCUGCGGGGUCUGCCACACAAACACUGAAAAAAAUAAAUACACACUUACCAAAAAUGGAAUAUUUUAAUUUAGUAUA